AUGGUAGGAGUAGUAUCAGUGCCAGUGGUAACUGGGGCAGUACCAGUGACAGUGGAAGCUCUGGUAGUUAUAUACAGUGGAAGUUCUGGUUGUAAUGGUAGGGGUAGUACCGGUGACAGUGGAAGCUCCGGUAGUGAUGGUAAGGGUAGUACCGGUGACCGUGGUAGCUCCGGUAGUGAUGGUAAGGGUAGUACCGGUGACCGUGGUAGCUCCGGUAGUGAUGGUAAGGGUAGUACCGGUGACAGUGGAAGCUCCGGUAGUGAUGGUAAGGGUAGUACCGGUGACCGUGGUAGCUCCGGUAGUGAUGGUAAGGGUAGUACCGGUGACCGUGGUAGCUCCGGUAGUGAUGGUAAGGGUAGUACCGGUGACCGUGGUAGCUUGGUUGUAGUGACCCAAGUGGAGGUAAUGGGGUGCUGGUAA